CACAGACUACCAUAAAGAGACAUAUUGGUAGUUUGAGGUAGCUAAAGGUAGCAAACUUAGCAAUGGGAAAGGGAAGGGGAGCUUCAUUGUGCCUAGUCUUUCUCUCUUGUUGGUUUCUCUUGGGUUUUGUCCAAGGAACCCCUAACUACAGAGACGCCUUAGCAAAGUCCCUGUUGUUCUUCCAAGGUCAGAGGUCAGGGAGACUUCCCCCGACCCAGCAAAUCACUUGGCGGUCCACUUCUGGACUCUCCGAUGGCUUAUUUUCCCAUGUGGACUUAACGGGAGGCUAUUAUGAUGCCGGAGACAACAUAAAAUUCAACUUCCCAAUGGCCUUCACCACAACAAUGCUAUCUUGGAGCACACUCGAGUAUGGCAAGAAAAUGGGCCCCCAAUUACAAGAAGCACGGGCCGCUAUCCGUUGGGCCACCGACUACCUUCUCAAGUGUGCCUUGGCCACGCCCAAUAAGCUCUACGUUGGAGUAGGUGACCCAAAUGUGGAUCACAAGUGCUGGGAAAGGCCCGAGGACAUGGACACUGUCCGGAACGUCUACUCUGUGUCGCCAACCAACCCAGGCUCAGACGUCGCGGGCGAAACCGCAGCUGCAUUGGCGGCAGCUUCCUUGGUUUUCAGAAAGGUUGACAGGAAAUACUCCACUUUGUUACUUGCCACUGCCAAGAAGGUUAUGCAAUUCGCAGUGCAAUAUCGAGGUGCUUAUAGCGAUUCUUUGGGCUCUGCGGUUUGUCCAUUUUAUUGCUCCUAUUCUGGAUACAAGGACGAGCUGCUAUGGGGGGCUGCGUGGCUGUUGAGAGCAACGAAUGAUGUUUCUUACUUCAACUUGUUGAAAUCAUUGGGAGCUGAUGACCAAACAGACGUCUUUAGCUGGGACAACAAGUAUGCUGGUGCUAGAGUUCUCCUCGCAAGGAGAGCACUAGUGAACAAUGAUAAAAACUUUGAUCAAUUCAGAGUACAUGCUGAAGAUUUCAUGUGUAGGAUUCUACCCAACUCUCCUUAUUCAACCACCCAGUAUACACAAGGAGGGCUGAUAUACAAGCUACCUGAAAGUAACCUUCAGUAUGUUACCUCCAUAACAUUUUUGCUUACUACCUAUGCAAAGUACAUCAAGUCUACUAAGCACACCUUCAACUGUGGAAGUCUCCUAGUGACGCCAAACUCCCUCACAGGCCUUGCAAGAAGACAGGUGGACUAUAUUUUGGGAGUGAACCCAUUAAAGAUGUCAUACAUGGUUGGGUAUGGACAAUACUUCCCAAAGAGAAUUCACCACAGGGGAUCAUCUAUGCCUUCAAUGGCAAGCCACCCACAAGCAAUAGGUUGUGAAGGAGGCUUCCAGCCUUACUAUUAUUCACCUAACCCUAACCCUAACCUCUUACUCGGAGCCGUUGUCGGAGGUCCUAACCAAAAUGAUGGAUACCCUGAUGACCGGACAGAUUACAGUCAUUCGGAACCUGCUACAUAUAUCAAUGCGGCCAUAGUUGGACCUUUAGCUUACUUUGCUGGAAGGAACGCCAACUAAUCCUGCAUGUUAUACUGUUUUAGUAGUCAAAUUUUCUUCCAUCGUAAAAAUGUUUGUAAGUAUGCUUGUCGCAAUUUGGCAGGCAAGUGUUGUAGUAAUACUUUAACAAGAAGUGACAGAUUCCCAUCAGCUUGAGCCAGCAAAUAAAUCAACCAGUAAAGUAACGUUCCAAA